AUGGCCGCACAGGCGGUGACCUUCUGCGUGGACGAUACUAUCGGCGCAAAGGACGACAAGUACCGGAUAGGCGUGGUGGAUCGAACGUUCGGCGACGUCGACAGCCAUGAGCCUGCACCUCAGCGAGACUAUCCAGAGCCUAUACUGAAGCAUGACGACGUUUCCGAGGCGCAGUUCCACGCUUUCAUGAGGACUGGCGUGCCACCCCGACGGACCUGUCUUGUGUCAUGGCAGACUGAAUAUGUGACCGAGCUGAUACCGGAGUCGGAACUGGAGCUUCUGGAUCGCGCAUUUUUCAUCGGCGACGUCGUCAAGAGAGACGCUUUGAGUCCCAUGACUGGAACUGUCAUUGGAACCAGGGCCGAGUGCACGAUAUUGCCGACUGCCGCCAUUCAAGAAGUAGAGCUUAACCAGAUCUCCCAACAAAACAUGUGCGUCCGAACUGUGCCUGCCGAGGAGCUGCAAUAUGUGCACGAAUACCAGGAGGGUGCGCUUGUCCUGUACGAUGACUGGGUUGGCCGCAUUGAAGAGCUUCACGACGAAGUGGCUAUACGCCUUGACAAUGGCUAUGUCGUGGUUGUCGAGCGUGCUAAUGAGCUUGAGGCGGACGACCAGACAGUGGAACGAGUACACGUGGGAGACAAGGUCAAAACUAAGAAGGGAAACUUGCGGAGAGGCAGAUGGAAAUACGGAUCUUGGAACCCAAACCUUAAUCCACAUGGCACCGUUGUGGAGGUGCGUACCGUGGAGAUAUCUGUCAGAUGGCUUACCCAGAGCUUCAAGGCUGAUCCGAAUAACGCACGGCCACGAUACAGGGAGCCCCCAACGGAUCUCGGUCUGGACGUACUUGAGUCUGGAGAUCUUCGCGUUUAUGACCACACUAAGAAUCCGCCAUCACUGACGCCGGGCAAUGUUAUGGACCGGAGUUACCACAUGGCAGACGUGACCGUAGGCGAUCGGGUACGAUUCAAAGACCUAACUGGAGCUUCUGUGAAAUAUGAUGGGACCAAAAUUCUUCCCAACGGCCUUCCACAAGGCAAGGUUGAGCGGAUCCCGAGGACCGACACACAAGGAUUUGACAUGAACGUAUACCUCGUCAUGCAGACGCACACGAGUGUCAAGGUCUUAUGGCAGGACCUGAGUAUCUCCGAGGAUAGCUCAACUUCGCUCAUCCCGGAUCCGAACAUGGACGAUACUGACGAAGUUUGGCCUGGAGAAAUCGUAGCAAGCAAGGAGAAGGCGGACGAACAAUUCGAAGAGUCUAGUUGGGCCUUCAAACCUGCCAAAGUCGGUGUGGUUCAGCGCGUCAAAGCCGUCGACAGGAUAGCUACAGUCCGGUGGUUUGAGAAUGCCGAUAUCCGUUUCACUGGGCACGACCUCAUCUAUCCAUGCCGAACGGGAAAGAUUGGGACCGUGGAAGAAGACAUAAGCCUUUACGACAUCAGAGAUGUCGGGCUGACGAGACGGCGGGGCGACUAUGUAAAGAUUAUGCCCGAAUUAGUCGAUCGUCUUGAAUCCACUCCCGGGCUACGCCUAUGUCACCUUUUCGGCGAGGUCAUCGACCUCGGAUUAGAUGGAAAGCUAACGAUUCGCUUGGGUGCAGCAGACACCGUUGUGGAUGUCCGAGUGGCACCAGAGCGAGUGACUCUAGUACAUAGCAGCGACAUGGAUUCGGACUUCUACAACGAUGGUUAUCACUCUAUGGAUGCAGAUGACGACGACCCGAAUGACUAUGAGGACACGAGCAUGGGAGACACCUCUGAAUACGAAGACAUGUGGGUCGAGUACGACGGCAGAGUUGAACACAUCUCAGCAGAUGAGGACUCGGCGUGGUCUACCGAGGAUGAAGAUGGCAGCUCAGACAUAUCUAUGCAUGAUAUACCGGAUCUCUCGCUUCCAGAGAACGGUGUCGAGACAUCCAAAACUACGCCUGAGUUAGAGUCAGAGAUAUCUACCGAUGUGCCAACUGGAUCGAUACGACCGAAUGCAUUCAAUCUCACAAAAGGAACACAUGCGUCUCCUUUUCUUAUUCUCGACACACUCCCAGCGGAGCAUCAUUACAUCGACCAUUCAAGGCCUUCAAACUCGGUGUACACCCGUCGUGUUCAAAAAGAGUUCAAAAUUCUCCGCAACUCACUACCGCCUGGCAUCUUCGUUCGGACCUGGGAAUCCCGCAUGGACUUGCUUCGUGUUCUCAUCAUAGGGCCUUCUGAUACUCCCUACGAAUAUGCUCCGUUUAUCAUCGACAUGCACCUUGGAUCAUCCUUUCCCAACUCGCCCCCUGAAGCCUUUUUCCACUCUUGGACUGACGGACAAGGACCUGUCAAUCCCAAUCUCUACGAGGAUGGAAAGAUCUGUCUUAGUCUGCUCGGCACUUGGCACGCCGAUGAGCGGAACGAAAACUGGAACGCUGCCAAGAGUACUGUAUUGCAGGUGCUAGUGAGCAUCAUGGGGCUGGUCCUAGUCAAGGAGCCUUAUUACAGCAAGUAUCUCCUUCUAUACGAGGCAGGCUAUGACAUCCACCAGAACACCCCAGAGACCUCACUGCCGUCUGCUCUCUAUACUGAGCGGGCGUACUUCCGUGCCAGGGCAUUCAUCACGCAUGCUCUGACGCAGAAUGUAACUCCUUUCGACGAAGAGCUGAAGUGGUUGUAUCAAGAUCAGUCACCUGAUGCACCAAAGUUACUCGACAAGGCUAUUGCCGCUGCAAAUGCAAUCAUCGAGCGAAGUGAACAAAAAAGUGAAGGCGAUGUACAGGAUGGGCUGAACAUCAUCAGUCUCGGGGCAGUGAUGAUGCUCAAGAGGCAGGUGAAGAGGCUGGAGGGGCUCAAAUCGCGAGACGCUAGUUCCUAA